GAUUAAAAAGGAUAAUUGUUUUUCUGGUCCUUACAUGAAAUUCUAACAGGUUGAGAGCAUUAAAUGCUUUGUGAUGCUGGUUUGUAUGUGAAGGUAAAGAUGCUGGUGGUGUAAGAUUGAGGCUCGAGUGUGUUAGACUGGAGAAAGGAGAUGGGUGGGUGGAGAGAUAUUUAGUGUCAUAGUAAUGAGAAAUCCUGUUUAGAAUUAGAGGAGACAGCAAAUACAUACAUAUAGUAUACAGAUGAAGAGGUCAGAGCGGUGGAUAGAGUAAAAACUAAUUCCAUUCACUCAGGUUAAAAAGGCUUUAUUUGUUUGUUUUAUUUUAAUGUUUAUUAUUAUUAUUAUUAUUAUUAUUAUUAUUAUUAUUAUUAUUAAUCUAGUAAUAACACGAAACUCUAACAGAACUGGGCUAGUCACACAUAUUUAAGGUUUAUGAAGUUGAGUGUAUUAAAUCCUUUGUGUUGUUGGUUUGUAUAUGAAGGAAAAGAUGCUGGUGGUGUAGGAUGGAGGCUCGAGGUGUUAGACGGGCAAAAGGAGAUGGGUGGGUGGAGAGAUGAAAAAAAAAACAAGCUUACAAGCAGCUGCACUACAUCUGUCUUACACUGACAUGUGGCAUUUGUGAAGUUCAAAAGAAGUUUUAUAAUGAUGCAGCUGCUUAUGUGUGUGUGUGUGUGUGUGUGUGUGUGUGUGUGUGUGUGUAGAUGUAAAGGUGUGUAGAUUUUUUUUUCUACUCCUGAGUGAAGCGUUUUUUGAAAAUUAAUUUGUUUAAUAAAUUAGCCCAGGUUUUAAAAAGAAAGACAAUUCUCAAUUUCAACACAGGAAAUGGGUUAGAGCUUGAAAGGCUAGAUUUAAAACAAGAGCUUUUAUAUAGUUUCAGAACAGUAGAAUAGCAGUCCCCUCCUUUUUCCAGCUCCCCCUCAAGUGUAUGAAACAAAGAUAUUACAUAAGCAGCUUUGCCCAUGUGUACCCACUGAUCCUGAUGGAUAUUUCAAAGGCCAUUAGAGCUUAUUAAAGGCAGUCAGUUGUAGGAUCACAUAGUUAAUAGUUACAAUGAGGGUCUGAGCGGUGUGUGUGUGUGUGUGUAUGUGCGUGUGUGUGUGUGUGUGUGUGUGUGUGUGCGUGUGUGUGUGUGUGUGUGUGUGUGUUGUGGGGGAUUGGUGGGGAAGUGUUUUUAGAACUCGGGGUAUUCACUGUGAACCAUUUGUGCCUGAUGCCCUGCUUGAUUCUCUGGAGCAGCACCUGCUCUCCAUGCCCAGAGGUCACCUGUCAAGAGGUCAAUACCUAAAGUCAAAGGUCAUGUCACAGAAACUCAGAAAUGAUUGAGAAUGUAGAUGGCCUCAUCAGGGCAGGUGUUUGUCUUUGUUCUAUCUCUUGGUUUUUUUCUGUCCUAGUUUUUUUUUUUUUUUUUUUAUGGCUGGUACACAUGGCGUUAAAGUGAGUGCAGAAUCUUAUACAUAUUGAUUGAUUAUAAAAGCACAUACAUCAUUCACAAAACCCAUAGAACAGCUCAUGUCAGUAAAACAAGGUAUGUUUAAAGUGUGAGAUCUAAUGCAGCUUAAAAUAUGAUCUCGCACCAUCUGUUUCCUAUUACAUUUUUGAUUAGCACUGAUUAGGUUUCAUUUCCAGAAUGAUAAAAGCCUGGAAAAGGUUCAUUUCUUGCAUUUCUUAUCGCUUAUUUCAGGGCUAAAACUGCAGUUUGGGACUAAGCCCAGACCUUGUACUUUUGCAAUACAUCAGCUCAGUCUUUUGUUUGUAUGUGCUUUUAUUGCUGAUACAUAAUAACCCUUAAAUACAUUUUCAUAGUCAGUUUACAGUUUUAAUGUUACAGCAAACCAAUAAAUGUUAUUAAAUUCAUGGUCUUAUUUAAAUUGCAUAAAGGUAAUAGAUGCCAUCAUUUUCUGUGUGUGUUUGCUUGUUUCAUUAAAGCCCUUUUGAGAAAAGCCUCCAGGAAAGUUAUGUAUAAAAGGGAGCCCCCUGGUGGCAGUAAAAUGGAAGUAAACAGUUUUAUUAUACAACAACAACAACAACAAAAAAGCUGAACUCCUUCCAGUACAUGAAGAAAUUAUUAUUGAAAUAAUUUUAUCAUCAUUAUUUCAGAAAAGUAAACCAGAGAGAUAGACAUCACAAAUACAAUUUCUUGUGGGUGAGGCCUCGCUACUCUGAGAGAGAUCAUAUGUGAUGAAUCACUUGCGUGAUGAAGUCAUCUGCGGGGGAUGCGGGAGGGAUUACCUGGAACUCUGAGGGCAUGUUCAGGGCACUUCAGUUUUAUAGUAUUUCACUCAGCUUUAAUGGCUGUGGGUUUUCUUCCCACUUGUGAUGUGGUCUCUGUGUAGGAAUGCCUCCUCACCCAGAUUCAUUACCCAUGCACAUUUCAUCUCCCCUUUUAUACUCGUCUUGCAUGAGAACCGUUAGUUCUGUGAGUAAGUGUGAUUGAAAAUCCUCAUAUAUUGUUUUGAGAAAAAAACCUACAACUGUCACAAUGUAGACACUCCCGAAACAUUUGCUUAGUAUCGCAGUCUCACGGACGAGAUGAUGGUCUGAUUCAGUACACAAUGUGGUCACUGAAAACAUCUCUUCUUCUUCUUCUUUUUUUUUAAACAGCAGCCCUUGACACUCAGACGUUCUUUGCUUAGACUUCAUUUUUUUAGGUUCUGGAUUACAUUGGCUUGUUUAUACAUAUGUAUCUAUAGAGUUUAUAUAAUAUUACUAUCCAUCCAUAAGUUUAGAACUAUAUUUUCUUUCAUAUGAUCAGUAAUGGUAUGGCAUAUUGGUAUCACAGUGUACUGUGAUAUGGAAGUGUAACAUUGUUAUAGCUUUAACCUCAUGGUAUAGCAUAGAGAUGAAGUCAUCUCACAGGUCCAUUUAAAUAUAUCACAUGACAGAGUAGCCUACUUAAAAAAUAAAUGCACGUAAUAUCCGAGGACAGUGUGUUUCUGUGCUGCUUUGGUAAACCACUGAAGGCUAUGUAUAAUAUUAGAAGUUUCCAUAAGCAACAUAUUGAGCCCUUGCUUUGCUGCUGCAGUGUUAUAUAAACAUUCCCCUAUGCAAAUCUGUUUUAUCGUUCUCAUAUGGAUGCCAUGAAUUUUUUUCACACCACUCAUACCAUCUACUAUCAUUUUAAGGUGAAUGACUGACAGAACAAGAGAUGAGUUCAAAUAUCUCCAUCUAAAACAAGACCAUGUUAUUACGUUACCACCACAGCAAUGUAUCCUUUAUUGUAGUCAUUUAACAAUUUGUUUAUUUUUUUAUUCUUUUGGGGGGGAGGAAUAUCACAGUGAACAACUCGUGGUGUUCAACGGGCAAAGCUAUGACAUUAUAUCAGGGAAUAAGAAAGGAAUAAAACAUUUGGGGACGUAUUGUUAUAGGAAAAUAAUCAACAAUAGGGUGGAGUGAUGCAGCCUGAUUAGAAACAGCUACUGUUACCACACUGAAGGUGAUUAUUUGCCAAUAACACUGUCCAGAAGUGUUUUAUUCCUCUUAUACCACAGCAAUUUGCCAAAGACGCAUUCAUUAAAGCAUGAUCACUGCAAUUUAUCCAAUUAUAGUUAUACUUAAUGUUGUGGGAUGUCUGCAAAACCAGUUAGUUCUUGUUAUUACUUACAUUAUAGCAGCUAUAAAAACAGUUGUUCUCUCACCUCUUGAAGUUAAUAAGAAAAAACGCAUCUUACUGAGAAACAAAUUGUUACAGCUUUUCCUCUGACUGUUACAAAGUGCUUACACUGGAGAUUCCUUUCAAAAAAAUUUUUAAAACGUCGCCAUAUCAGUGAUUAUCCAUUGUUUCUUUGGUAAACAGACGUAUGUUUUUAUUUGUUUAUUAUUUGAAUUAGCUUAUAUGGAGUGUCUGACAUACAAGUCCCUUAAUAGUUACUAUAGAAACUAUAGCAUAUUAGAAUGAGCUCAUUAAUAUACACCUGGGACUACUGUCAGAGCUGAUGUUACAGAAAAUAAAUCACUACCUUCUGACCAAUCCCAUUCAACAACGCUGACUCACGGAAAAGUCAGAAGUACAUGUACUAGGACCACAUGCAGCUAGACGUAAGUUUUCAGGUUACAUAGUAACUCUGAUUGUCCUUUCUGUUUCGUCAGGUGCAGUAGUAAAAGACCUUGGUGUGAUUGUUGACUCCAGACUUUCAUUUGAAACUCAUGUAGAUAAUAUUACUUGGAUAGCGUUCUUUCAUCUCAGAAAUAUUGCUAAAAUAAGAAACACAAUGUCACUACAUGAUGCAGAAAAAUUAGUUCAUGAUUUCGUCACCUCUAGGUUGGAUUAUUUUAAUGCCUUGCUGUCUAGAUGUUCCAGUACGAGCAUAAACAAGCUCCAGUUAGUCCAGAAUGCAGCAGUCCUUACUGGAACCAGAAGAUACUACCACAUCACCCCUAUCUUAUCCACAUUGCAUUGGCUCCCAUUCGAAUUUCGCAUUGAUUAUAAAAUACUACUAUUGACUUAAAAGCACUAAAUGGUCUCGCGCCACAGUACCUGAGCGAACUUCUGAUCUUUUAUGUACCGCCACACCCACUUUGAUCAAAAGGUGCAGGCUCUUUGUUGGUACCUUGAAUAGUGAAGGCUACUGUACACCACGUGGCAGAACUUUCUCUUACAAAGCCCCACAGUUAUGGAUCAGCUUUCCAAUUCGUGUUAUAGAUAGUAUGUAUAUUAUGUAAUCCAAACACACUUUUCCACUCCUAUUAAUGAAAUAGCCAAUUAAACCCCAGCUAGUAGACAUUCUUACAUGUAUAUGUGAAAAUUACCAGACAGGACCCACAUCACAUGUACACAGAGAUGCAUGUAGAAAUACAUACACUUUCAACCAAUCUCAGUUGCAAAUAUAUAUAACACAUUAACAAAUAUGUGAAGUUGUAAUACAAUACAUCGUCUUUAGAAAGACCUAGACUGUUGAAUUAUUGUCAGAGCAAUUCUUAAUGAUUAAUAUAGCCCUUCAGUAGAUGUUCUGAAUUUUAUGACCAAACUUAAGAAAAUAACAGAAUUAUGACAGGCUGAUGAUAGAGUGAGAGAGAGAGAAUUUUAUGUAGACCUGGGAUGCCUGCCGCUGCCAUUCUUUCAGACCCAACUCAAAAUUCACCACACUGGUGUGACUUCAUCAGGAUCACAUGGGAGCAUGGGUAUGGACAAGUGUCUGAAAGCUUACCGGAGCGAUAUCAUUGAGAUGGUAGUGGGGCAAGGGGCACGUAGGGGUGGGGUGCAAAUGAAGGACUUGGAACCAUCGGUGUGUAUGUGAACAAGUGUUAAUCCCUGGAUGAAUUGUAUACACACUCAAGAGGUGCCAAGAAAGACUGGAUGUUGGAUCUCGAGCAGAUAUAAUCAUUCCUCACUCCUGUAAACAGGUAAGGGACUCACUAUAUGGGUGUCUUGCUUUUAAAAAAUAGACUUGAUUGGUUGAGCUGUCAUAAAUAUCCUAAUUAAUGCUGGUAAUAAGUCAUCAUAGCAUCCAUAAGAGGUGAUUCAAUUGGUAAUUCAUUUACCAAAUGAAAUGUCCUGUACUAGUGAAUUUCCACAAGGUGCAAAGAUGGUUCUGUGUUUGUUUACCACUAAUGGCCUCGUUAGUACUGAUACUGUACAUGGUCGACACUCUAGAGGUGAGGACAACCAAAACUAGUCUCUUUAUUCUAAUCUUUUCUUUUGAAAAUAGAGCAAUUAACCCAGAGCAGUAAACACAGCUACACACAAAAUGUGUUUAUGAUAUUUGAUUUUCAAAGCCAAAAAUGUAUAUCUCUAAAUUCAUGUCUCUUUCGCUUUAUAUUUUUAAAAAUUUAUAAAUCAUUUUGCAAAAUAUAUCAUGAAAUAAUAUACAUCCUCCACUUCAACAUUGUUAUUAUAUUACAUUAUAAUCAAUAUAUUAUAAUCAGUGAUUAUCAAUAUUAAUAUACAGUAUAUGUUCCAAAUAUCUGUGCAUUUAUAAUGUAUCUUUCAGAUAAAUACAGAGUUGUUUAUGUAUUGUUGGUCUACUAAACAGAUUUUUAAUUUUUUUUUUUUGCUCUGGGCCAUUUGACAUUGGAAUAAAUGUAAUGUGGCCCAUUACCUAAAAUGUGUUUGACACCCCUGAUCUAGAGCUAUCAUACGGAAUAUGCUUUCAGCUCUGAGACGUGGCACUUUAAGAACCUCUGGUAUAUACACUGUAGCUGGAAAUUCAAGCUCUAAAGUAAAUACAAAGUAAAGACGUGACAGUCGUCUGACAAGCUGAUGGCACUCAGAGAGAGUCAGCUGACUGCCACACUGCUAACCUCUGUGGUGGCGGCAGUGUUUGGCUCGCUGCAGAUUGGAUACCACACCGGCAAUGUCAACUCUCCAGCAAGAAUCAUUGAAGACUUUUUCAAUCUGACAUGGAAAUCAAGACACAAUCAGUCCAUACCAGAAAACAGUUUGACAUUUCUAUGGGCUUUCUCGGUCAGCAUCAAGGACUUUGGAGCCCUGUUGGGGUCACUGGGCGUCAAAGGCCUGGCUGAUUCCUAUGGGAGGAGAAAUGCCAUUCUCAUAGCAAACGCUUUGUCCAUAGCAGGCGCCUGUCUGAUGUUCCUUAGCAAAAAAGCUGAAUCUUUUGAACUUCUUAUUGUGGGCCGUUUCAUUUUUGGCCUUUUCUGUGGUCUGGUGAUGAGUCUGAACCCGCUGUAUAUCCAGGGUGUGUCCCCGAUUAACCUCCGCGGUGCCUUUGCAACUCUCAACCAGGUUUCUUUUGCCUCUGGCAUUUUCCUGGGCAUGGUGGUUGGCUUAGAAACAGUCCUGGGCACAUGGGAGUACUGGGCGUUUAUGCUGUCUCUGUCCCUUAUUCCAGCUGUCCUUCAGUAUAUAAUCUUGCCCUUUUGCCCUGAGAGCCCACGCUAUUUCUUCAUCAACUGUGGCAAAGAGCAAGAAGCUGAAGCUGCUUUAAGAAGGUUAAGAGGAAACUCUGACAAGGUGACAAAGGAAAUGGAUGAGAUGAGAGAGGAAGCAUCUCACAGUGAAGCAAGAGUAACUAUCGGGGAAUUCUUCAUCAAACGCUGCUACAGACAGCCCAUAAUACUUGUUCUAAUCAUAAACCUGGGCAGCCAGUUAUCCGGAUUCAAUGCGAUCAUAAAUUAUUCAACGAAAAUAUUUACCAAGGCCAAAUUUGAAGAAGCAAAAUAUCUAACACUUGGAGUGGGAGCUAUCAACGUGGCGUUCACCAUCGUGUCUUUGUUCCUGGUGGAGAGGGCAGGGCGCAGGAAGCUGCUACUCACUGGCUUCCUAUUGGUAGCUUUUUGUAAUUUACUUAUGACCAUGACAGACUUCUUGCUGGAUAUAGUCCCGGACAUUCGUGGUGUUCAGGUGCUUGUGGUGUUUAUCCUGAUUUCAGCAUAUGAGCUGGGUCCAGGGCCUAUCUCUUGGUUCAUUGGUUCUGAGCUCUUUGACCAGCCGGCCCGAUCCAUCGCCAUGGCUUUCACCAGCAUGCUUAACUGGGGAGGGAAAUUCCUUCUAGCCCUCCUUUUCCCACCAUUAUUGCACCUGUGUGGAGCUUACGUCUACCUCCUCUUCAUGUCCAUGGCCUUGAUAGCAUUUACUUACACAAUGUUCCGCCUCCCGGAAACGAAGGGCCGAACUUUUGAUGAUAUUGCUGCUGAGUUUCGUGGGGCAGAGAGCAUUCCCCUGCAUAACAAAACAAGUUUCAAUACUUUCACAUGAACAAGGAGUCACUACAGUAUGGCUCCUCUGGCUGAGGCACAGACAAGACCACAAUGACCCGCAAAGAAGUUAAUGUAUUCAGUCCAACUUAGCAAUGAUUAGUCCAUGAUUGAACAUGGUAAUACCUUAUUUUUUUACUACCUCUUACGGUGUUCAAUGCAGUUCCGAGUGUUUAGGAUUUGUGUAAAUUAACCAAGAACAAUGCAAACAUGUUGUUCCACAAUUACGAAUAAAAUAUAGCACAUUCGCCCAUCUGCAUUCACUCACUGGUCUGAUACACAUUUUUAUACAUCCAUUAAACAGAGACCUAUGAACAGCCUCAGUAAUAAACAGGGCAAACCGCGUUGAUUGAAUUGUUUAUGAAAUCUGACAUUUGUCUUGCUUACAACAGUUUUCCAAGUUUAAUAAACCACGGUACCUUGUUGAAACAGAACCGGACUGUGAGUCGACAAGACUCCUUAAUAAUAACAAUAAUUCCAUAGAAGAGUUUAUGUUCAGAUCGUUGGCACUGUUAUGCGCAGUAAACAGUAGUUCUUUUUAAACUGUUUAAAAUGUGACCCGCAUUGGCUUUUUUAUUGUGCUUACUAGGAUGCAAGAAUAGAAUAAGACAAUAGCUCUUUUCACCAUUAUACAGUAAGUCGAGAUUGAAUGGGGUUUUAUGAUUGGCAAUGAGAUUUCCAUUUUCAUUGGUUCAUUUGGUAUUCAUUACACAGGAAACAGUCCAAGCAUAGAGUGUUGUUGGAUCUGAGCCGUUUUCUUUCUUUCUUUCUGUUUCGUUCUUACUGUAUUUAACAGGGACAAUGCAUAUUAAUCAACCUCAUAUUAAUUAUGUAAAUGUCAGAUUUUGCAAAAUGACUCAUUUUCAUCUGCUGUCCAUGGGCAGGUUGAUGUUUAAGAAAAAAAGAAUAAAUAGGACCAAGAAAUGUGGUUACAUAACACAUAAAACACUAAAAACUAUACCAGACAUGUACAUAUGAGAGAACUCAAGUAUUUCACCACAACCUUGUGGCCGUUGCUUUAGAACCAGCUGGGAACACAACCCAUGAUAUAAUCUUAAUUUAUGUGAGCAUUACAAACAUGCUACAUUAUAUAAUUGUUCCAGACAUAUUUUCUCAUUUGUAAGUCGCUUUGGAUAAAAGCGUCUGCUAAAUGAAUAAAUGUAAAUGUAAACUAAACAAUAACUGGCACUUCUUCUUUUCCAGCAACCAUAUUUAAAACAUUUUGAGAAUAAUCCUAUAUAUUAAAAUCUCUUAAAUUCACAGGGAGUUCACUCCAAUGUGAUGUAUAGAAAGAAAAUACUUUAUAGAUUGACUAAAAUUUCCAUAGAUUUUCCUUAAUGCUAUUGUAUAAUCACCUCUUCCAACGGCCCUAGUUGACCUAUAUGUGAUUUGAUAAAUAAAUAUACAUAAAUUCUUCCAACAUUGGAGGAGCUCAUUCAGAAUGACAUUUCAUUUUCCAAGAUUAAAAAU